UUAAUAAUAAUUGCCACAUUCUUGCACAUAUGGAUAGCGAAAAAAUAUAUUUUUAUUCAAAGGAUCAACAAGAUAGAAAAAUAUUCAAAAACAUUAUUAAUAUAUUAAGAUCAAUAUUUCUUCCUGAAGGCUUUCCACAAAGCGUAAGCAAAGAUUAUAUUCCUUAUCAAUUAUGGGAUACCUUACAAGCUUUCAGCAGCACUAUUACAGGCGCAUUAAGUACACAUGCAAUCUUGGCUGGAGUCGGUGUUGGAAAUGAAACUGCAACACCUUUAAGCGCUACAAUUACUUGGAUACUGAAAGAAGGUACAGGGCACAUUGGAAGAAUCUUAUUUGCAUGGUGGAAAGGAUCUGACUUAGAUAUCAAUAGUAAACGUUGGCGAUUAGUUGCUGAUAUUUUAAAUGAUGUUGCUAUGGGAAUUGAAGUUUUAGUAUUACCUUUAUAUGUUACGUGGUCUACAGAAAUUCUAUGUUUUACAACAGCAAUUAAAUCCAUAGUUGGUGUUGCAGGUGGUGCAACAAGAGUUGCUUUAACACAGCAUCAUGCUCUUCGUGGAAAUCUAGCAGAUGUAUCAGCUAAAGAUGGGAGUCAAGAAACAUUUGUAAAUUUAUGUGCUUCUGUAGUUGCACUUUUAAUAUUAUUAACAAUCACUAAUAAAAUAGUGGCAUUUUUCUGGUUCGCUGUAUUUACAAUGCUACAUCUAUAUGCUAAUUAUAAUGCCGUGAAAUCUAUCAGAUUAAAAGUUCUGAAUACUAGCCGGCUUCUUGCUGUAUAUGAAAAUUACAUAGCAAAUGAAAACGUGCCUACAGUAGAUUGUGUUAAUUUUCAUGAGCCACUUUUCAGAGUUAUGCCAAAAGAUUUUCAAAUUUGUGGUCAUCACAUCAAAAUUGGCAAGUCUUUAAAGAAAAUAAUUGCAAAUAAUCUACAUCACCUAAAGCAAUCUAAGAUAAUCUACAAAAAUGAACAAUUUAUUAUAAAUGUGUAUAAUGAUAGUGUCUAUAUUAGCUUAUCUAAAGAGCAUUCAGAUGAAGUUGUUCUACAGGCAUAUUUUCAUGCCUUGAUAGUUGGAAUAAUGACAUCGUCUGACAGAAUAAAUAGGACAUUGGCACAAAAUUUAUUGGUGAACUGCGGAAUUGAUAUUACGUUGACUCAUGCAGAAAUAUUUGAACAAAGUAAACUGGCUUGGAAACGUUUAAGAAAAGCUCUUGAUCAGAAAGGAUGGUCUACUAAUCAACAUCUACUUCCUAUUGGUGAAUGCAGAAUGAUAUGGUAAUUGUCAAAUAAGAUUUGAGGAAAAUACAUUGCAAACAUAGGUAGCGAUAAAUAAAUCAAUUAUCAAUAAAUGAAUACCAC